AUGAUCGAAUUAACUGCGGUCGCCACGGUGGCGGCGAAGAUCGCGCCUAAGCUCGCCGGUUUCUUUCUGAGAAGGCGCAGGCUGCUGGCGGAACUGGAGCAUGACAUCGAACACAUCCAAAGGGAGUGUUCGAUCAUUGCUGCCGCCAUCGUAGAUGAUGGUAAUCAUCAGCAUGCGAGCGACGCUGCCGAGGCUCAUCAGGAAUGGAUCAAGAUCGUGCGUGACUUGGCGUACGACAUUGAUGACUGCAUCGACCGCUUCAUACACCGCGUCUCGACGGCGCCAGUCGCCGACGCGGGGUGGAUCCGUCGGAAAGCUCACCGGCUCAAGACGGUGAGGGCCCGUGGCAAGUUUGCCGCGGUGAUCGCUCGUCUCAGGAAGAGAUCAGACGAGGCGUCGGAGCUGAGAAACAAGUACACCGAUCUAGCGUAUGGACAUGGCAGGGCCGCCGCCGUCUUUGAGUCACGGGUGCCUCCUCACGUGGAGACGGAGCCGGAGACUUACACAGAUAACCCCGUGGGCAUGGACGCGGCCGAGGAGGAGCUCAUGGAGCUGAUAAGGGGAAGUUGGACGCAAGGUCAACAACACAACAAGGAGAAGCUCAAGGUGAUCUCCGUCGUCGGAUUCGGUGGUAUCGGCAAGUCUCAGCUUGCCAAGAGUGUGUACGACACACUUGGCGACGAGAGGCAAUACCCAGCACGGGCUUGGGUUCGAGCUGCAGAGAAAGGCCCAGAAGAUCUUCUCCAAGCGAUAUUGCAGCAACUUGGAGCGCAUACCACCACCACCAUUAGUGCAAGCUCCAGCAACAGCAAGCUCUGUGCAACCAUACAAAAGCGCCUUGGGACCCAGAGGUUCUUCAUUGUAAUCGAUGACAUGCGGGAAGACUUUUGGGUCGAUAUAAAAGAUGCUUUCCCUGUUGUUCCUGGGGUCGACAGUAGAGUUCUCGUCACGACGGCCAGGCAGACCAUAGCAAUCAAAAGCAGCAGUAGUGAUGGUCAUGUGUAUGUAAUGAGAACUCUUGACGACGAUCAUUCAAGACAACUGUUCUGUGAGGAAGCUUCCUUGGUGUAUCCACCAUCAGUCGAUGAUACGAAGCUGAGUUCAGAAAUAAUAAAGAGAUGUGAUGGUCUGCCCCUUGCUCUUGUUACCACAGCACGGUUGUUGCACGGUGAAUCCAGACCGGAACAAUGGGCAGAUCUGGGAGGAAACCUUGGCGAACAUCUGGAGAACAAUAAGAAGUUAGCCAGUAUGAAUGCUGUGCUCUUCCGUAGCUACACCGGCCUAAGUAAGCAACAUAUCAAGACAUGCUUGUUAUAUCUCGGUAUUUACCUAAGUGGCCGCCCAAUCAGAAGAGGAAGCCUGAUAAGGCGAUGGUCCGCUGAAGGUUUCAUCACUGCAGAGCACAAACGCAGUGCCCGAGAGGUCGCUGUUGCCAAUUUCAACGAGCUGGUCGACUGGAGCAUCAUCCAUCCUAUGGAUGUCAGCAGCAGCAGCAGCAGCAUAGCAGAGGUGAAGGCAUGCCAAACUCACGGCAUAAUGCUCGAGUUCCUCCUGCACAAGUCCAUGUGUGAGAAUUUUGUUACCUUGUUGUACGAUGAUGUUCCCCCACCCACUAAAGUCCGCUGGCUCUCUCUGCAUAGUGGAAGUGCUGCAAGCUCCAGAAUUAAUCCAAAUGAUGUACCCUUUCUCCGUUCUCUGACGAUCUUCGGCAAGGCGCACAAAUCUGUCUUGAAUUUUUCCAAGUAUAAACUGAUGAGAGUUUUGGAUUUAGAAGAGUGCCAUGAACUCAUGGAGGACAAGCAUCUCAAGGGGAUAUGCAGCAAUCUGGUGCUACUCAGGUACCUAAGCCUCCGGGGCGCUUCUAAAAUUACAGUUCUCCCCAAAGAGGUCAAGAAGCUUCAACUUUUGGAGACACUGGAUUUAAGGGGAACGAAUAUAGAUAUUCUGCCCACACGAGUCAUGCAACUACAGAGUUUACUUCAUCUGUUUGGAAAGUUCAAGCUCCCACAAGGUGUAGGAAGCCGGAAAAUGCGUAAGCUACAGGCUUGGUUGCAAGAGGAAGAUAACAGUAAACUGCAAACAGUAGCAGGAUUUGUUGUGAACGACAAGAGCCAAGGAUUUGCACAGCUGAUGGGUGAAAUGAAAAAACUCACAAAGGUGAAAAUAUGGUGCGAGUCUACCACCGAUGCCAGCAACUAUUUAAGUCAUCUCUCAGAGGCCAUCAAGGAGUUCAUCGAGAGGGGCACCGACCCGAGCAAAGCUCGUUCACUCUCACUGAACAUGAAUGGUGCAUGGUCUCAAGGCUUUCUGAAUUUCUCCCUGGAAAGUGAUCCAUCCUGCUAUGUUAGCUCGCUCAGGCUACAAGGAAACAACAUAUCCAGCCUUCCUCCGUUUGUCACCAUGCUAGGUGGACUCACUAAGCUUUGUCUUUCAUUCUGUCAUCUUCAGCUGAGCAGUGUCAUUCUUGAAGCCCUGAUCAACGUGAGUGGCCUGACGUACCUCAAGCUGAAUGCAACUCGAAUGGACAAUCUUGUCAUCGAAGAGGAUGCACUCGGAAGCCUGAAACGCCUAUGCAUAGUGGUGGAAGUCAUUACCGGGCUGGUAAUCGAAGAGGGGGCGCUGCCGGACCUUGAGUCUCUCCAGCUUCUAUGCAAGGAUUUGAAUGGCUUUAGCAGCACGAGGAUCCAGUCCCUGCCACGUCUUAAGGAGGUCGCCCUUCAUGAUGGAGUGAGCGAAGGAACAAAAGAGGAGUGGAAAGGAGCAACAAAGAACCACUCCAGACACCCCAAGCUCUUGUUUGUCACGAAACAAAUGGUCGAUGAUCAUUUUAAACCGAUGAGAACUGAGGCUGCUCCUGAAAUUAGCCCUGAAGAGACAGCUGUUGACGCGAUGGUGGUGGGAAGUGAGCCUGUAGAGAAUUCUGAGAGCUCUGGGGCACCACAUACUGAUACCGCAUUAUCGGUUACAAUGCAGCCCACCGAUAUGUCCACUCAACAGUCUGUACAAGUUGUUACUUCUGAGAUGGUUAAUGCCCAGGAACUGAUGGGAACUGAGUCUGCCAUGGAAACUAGUACCGAUACGACCGAAAAUAUUGAUGUGGAAAGUGAGCAUGCGUUGAAUUCUGAGAGCCUAGUAGCACCACCUACUGAUAUGAUGUUACCAAUGACAACGCCAUCCGAUGUCAUUUCUACUGAAGAGUCUGUACAACUUAAUGUUGGUUGCGAACAUAAUGACGAUGGGAAAGAUCUGGAUAACAUUGAGGACCCAAAAGAUUUUGCUACGGAAAAUGGUCUGAGCACUCAGUUUAUAGAUCACAUGAGCAAGGAAAGUUAUAAAGUGGAGAUGGAAGGAGUGGCAUGUUUAGAGGAUCUUCAUAUGAAAGAUGGCACCCAGAAACAAGGCCUACAAAAGAAACAGCGCCUGCGCACAAGGUUGCUGUCGCUGGUGAAAAUUGGUGUCUUUCGUCGGACAAGUCGACAGGGGCGGUUGGUGCAUCGGCUGGAUUAA